AGCAACUUUGCACGUGAAGCCUAUUCAAAAUGCGGUGUUAAAGCCCACGUUUUCUCGUCAUUUCCGCAAAAUUUUAACGCGUGAAACAGGCUGUUCCGCCUACCUCCACCUCACCCUCCGCCUCUAGACGGUCAAAGGCAGCACAGUCAGUGCUCGCUCUGCUGAAAUAUUUUUUGCCAAUUCCUCAUUUGCCCGUCUCCCUAUUCCGUGCAGACUGUGGUUUCCGCCUCUUCCCCAACACUUGCUCGAAAAGGCGGAAAGGCAAACGCCGGUCACUCGCGGAGGCUUUUUUGUGGCGUUUGCGUGCAGCGUGCCACACACAAUCGACGCGGGCGAGGGUAUCUGCGAUGACUGUGCGCCUUGUGGGCCAAAACACAUGGCCAGGGGUUCCUCGAAGCGACAAGCAUAACGGAUUAUUUUUCCCCUCACUACAUUUUGGAAACACUUAUUGCAAAAAAUAUUUCCAAAUUCUCGUCAAUUUUGCCUGUGCUGUCUUCUUUGCGUGCCGAGAGUGGCCGUCCCGACCCCGGGCUACCCUGGACGCCACAGGACAGCGGCAGUUGCCUUGACCAGCGACCGCUGGAAUACCCACAGGACACUGGGGAUAUAAAUUUGAGUGCUUUUCACCGCUAUUUUUGAUGCGUUGUACCGAUUUUCUCCCUUGUCUUCGCGUCUGGUCGACCCGUCCUCGGACGUAAGCUUGCCGUCUUCCCUCCAUUCGGCUGGGUGCGUUCCCGUGCCGACGUUUUCUCCUGUUCCUGGCUGACUUCCAAAAGCGGCACUUUUUCUGUCAUCUUGGUUUUUUUCCCGUUGACACGAAAUUUGGAAACUCCUCUCCCCGCUUUCUACCCACUCAUUCAGUCCAGACUUCUCUCGCCCCCAGCACGGGUAGCGCAAUAUCCCUUAUUUUGUAAAAAAACGCAGGGCGGUUCGGACCUACGAGCAACUGCCCGGAUUUCGCAGGCCUUGACUCAUUUUGGUUCGUUGCGCAUCACACGCUUGAUCCGGAAAACGUAGACCUGAGAGAAAUAAAGACUUUCAAGAUAUAAACUCUAGUAGUCCACCUCGUAUUAUAGACUUCCAGAAGAAGCACCUUGGGGGCAGCUUACCCGAGUGCUGAAAAACAGGAGGCAGACGCUCUCUGGCUGCCUACGCGUUUCUUCCGUUUUUCUCGAGCUGUCGGACGGGAUGCCUUCCACGUCUGACGAAGACGGUGGGGGCUCCGGGACGACAAAUGGAGCCGAGGAAGACAGCAGAUACCGCCAGCGGUUUUCCUUCUCGACUCUGAACGAUGAGGGUCGGGCAAGCUCAUCCCAAUCGGCGGCCAGUUUCGCGACCGCGGCGCCUCUCAGCCUGUCUGCUUCCGCUCCUCGCGGACUCUCGAUCCGGUGGAGAAAUUCCACGGACUCUUCAAAUUCGUAUUCGAGCGCGACGAACGCCACGGAGGAACGAGGGCGGAGCCACGGGGAAAGCGAAGAGGUGCGCAGGCAGCGGGCGGCGAUCCGAAGCUUCCGGCAGCGCGUUGCAUCCGUUGUACAAGACAUGGAAGGACUUCAAAUCCAGGCAGACAGACAGGCUCAGCAUCAAAUCGACGCUGACAUCGAACAGGCCCUACGAGGUUCCCUCCGUGGUAUUUCCCGGAAGUGGCACCGCCGCGUCCUCCAAGCCUGCGAGGACCUCGUCCCAGCUCAGUGGGCCAUAGAGGACAAAGAUUCCCUCAUUAAACAGAUGCGGAACCGGAAACCUCCAGCUCUCCGCGAUGCGGAGUGGGACGAGGAAAGCGUCGACGAGGCAGAGUACUGGCGGGGGCCUUCCGCGGAGGAGGUCUUCGGAGAAGACCGGAUCAUCGAGACACGGACGCCGUACGAGCUGUUGGCGGUGUAUACGCGGCGAACGUGGGCCACGUCUGUCCCCUCCGCUUUCGUCCGCAGCCACAAAGCAGCUGAGAAAAGCCGCUGGUGCUGGGACUCUUGCGAGGGAUUUUUUUCGGGCACUGCCUUGGUCAGGAAGACUUUGCCUACGCAGGCCGUUCUGCGCAGCUCGGUGGAGAGAGACUUGGCUGCUGACGGGAGUGGCAGCGGCGAGGCGUCGGCUGAGAACCGGGCAUCCCAGGUGUCAGUACACCCGCACGGGGCGGGUCACGGGUAUGAGUCGGCGAUUGUGGACGGCACAGAGUUCGAUAGCGACGCCAGAAUCGUGGGUCAAUGCGCCCAGGCCUGUCUGGGGUGUCGGCCUCGGCCCUCGCCCUUUCCGCUGGCGGCUCUGCAUGCGCAGCCCCCCGUGGGGUACGGCCGGGCUCCUGUGGAAGAUGAAAACGUCCGCAUUCCUUCCAGGCUCGAAGAUUUCUUGUUCAUGGCUCAUGUGCCCAUAAAGCGGCCUCCGUGGGACUCGCGGAAGACGCCGCUGCUGUCGACUCUGGAGGUGAAGAGGCCGAAACCAAAGCAACACGAAGGACCCGAGGUUGAUGAUGAGAACAUGCCAGCGGCGGAGCGCCAGCGGGGCGGCACGAUGUUUUUCUCCGGUGUGUCAGAGGAUUUCGACAUGUUGCCCAGAACAGGGGCCUUCGAAUCCUGUGGCAAUCUCCUGGCGCGCGAUUCCGUGUACCAUCGGACGGACAUGGAGACCCUAAGGCAGAAGGAAGACGACUCGCCCCACGUCGACAAGUCUGCGUCUGCGAACGAGCAGUCACACAAAGAGGCCCCCUCCUCUCCCGACGCAACCAGCCAGCGAUACAGUAGUGACAGUCUCGACUCUUUCGAAGACGGCUGGGACGACGAAAGCCUGCAGGCACAGUACCGACAGAUGGCUGAGCAGGGACUGUGGAUAGAACCUGACGCCAUUGGAGGAGACUACCCUGAAGGAUGGGAGGAAGCGGAGUACCCUGAGGGCAGUCCGUACGGCGAGGACGCAGACGGGGAGGUCCCAAGCUCUGGCGCAGGACCGGGGGACUUUUGGGUGGCCCGGAAAUUUAGGGAAGUCUGCGACCGGCUUGUCCCUGAAGUCCAGGAACUCUGCAGAAUCCCCCAGAAGCUCCGAGACAGCGUCUCAGCUGUCAAACACGAAACUGAAAACUGCAUCUUCGACCAAGCAGAUGUGCAAGUCCUCGAGUACUGGCACCUCCAACGGGAUGCUGGAAAACCCGUCUGGGUCUACGAGGGACUGCAGUGGGACUUCCCCAAGAAGCAAGUCCCCAUGGACGUCCCCCCGGCGGCAGUAAAGGUGGUUGUGCCUCCUGAACCAGACAAGACGGGUCCGAAGCAGUAUUUUGAAAAGAGCAUGUUGUAUCUGCCGCAAGCCAAAGCGCGCGACUUCUCGAAGGCAGUCUCAAGUAGUUCUCUGGGGGACUGGUUCUCUUAUUUCGGUCCCCGAACUGGCGGCGAGGGGCCUGACAUAAAAGGACUCGUCCUUUGAUCAGCGCCUGAGCUCGUAUUUUUUUAAGGAAGGCCUCUGCUCCGUGGCUUCCCGUUUCUUGUCAGGGUCUGUUGUAGCACUAGGAUCUUUGACCUUUGUGUGUCAAGCAGUUUCCUGAGCAACAAGAUGCGCAAACAGGCAGGCAAGGACACAGGAGAAGGCCGGGGCGCACCUAGGCAGAAGUGAAAGGUUUUCUUGAUCCACUCAGGAGUAUCCGAUUUAUGCGGAGUUCCUUUAGUUGACAGUUUUCCGAAGAAUCUCUUGAUUUUUCCCUCUCCAUCCAAGGGGGGCUCCGGAAACGGCACAGGGGCCGUGGUGCGGUCUCCAGUCGACAACGACUGGAAUAAACCAAAAGGAAGGUCAUUCGACGAACUUGGGAGAAGGAGAAGAUGUGUGCGAGGUCAACUCGGUCGGCGUGGUGCGUGAAAGAGUAAUGACCGGGGCUCCUCUCAUUUUCUGUUUUUCAACGGCACCUGGUUACCCGGUACUCCGGUUAAGGGAAGGUAGCUGUAUCUUACCGCUUUUAUCCAGGCAGUCUUGCUUCUUGGAAGGACAGAAGCGUCAGAAAGCCACGUUCCUUUUCUGUGGCUGUGACUGCCACGUUUUGUUCGGCGUUGCCUUUGGUGCUAGACGCUGUUUUUCCGUUGCAGGUCAGAACGGCUUUUCAUCUACGGCAAGGCUUUUUGAGGAAUUACAUGUUGCAUUUUGCGUUUCGUCUCGAUACGAACAGCGCAGAGAAAAAUUGUUGAAAGAUUGAUUUCAACGAGAUCAUCUUCAUAGGGCUAGCGGGGGAGAACCCGGAUGCGGAAGCGAAAUGUAAUGCUCCCGCUUGUGCAGCGAAACAACAACAAGCCUAAUUUCACGCUGAUGUAUCAAUUGGGGGCUCAGGCACGUGUGUUUUCUGCACUUCUUUUUUCAGACAUGUUUAUUUCUCCUAAUUGUGUCUAGUGUAGAGGACCGAAUAAGCGUCGGAUUUUCCUUCAAUUCCUG